AUGGCAGCUCUAUUCGCUCGCACCUCAAAAUCACUGCCGUUAAUCGCAGGUGCAACUCUCGCCGGUUCAGCAGCAGUGGCAUACACAUAUUCCAAGACGACCCUAUCCGGACAUCAACUCGAUUCCGCCCAGAAUGCGCCUUCAAAGCUACUAACAUUCCCAAAGUCGAUGUUGUUCCCACAGACCUUGACCGUCACCAAAACGGAACAAAUCAACCAUGACACCAAGCGGAUCACAUUCUCUCUUCCCGGCGGCGAGAACCAAAUCAGCGGUGUUCCGGCAGGAUCCGCAAUCCUAACCCAACACUCACCCUCAGGAAGAUGGUUCCCCAUCCUCCGUCCCUACACACCCAUCAGCGAUCCCAGCCAACGCGGCAGCCUCCAACUCCUCGUCAAGCAAUACCCCGGCGGCGCCGCCUCCACCCACCUACACAACCUCAGCGUCGGGCAAACCCUGGCGAUCCGGGGUCCCCUCCCAGGAGGCUACAUAUACAGCGAACCACCCAGCAGCAGCUCACCACGUGAACUGAUCUUCAUCGCGGGCGGCGCGGGUAUCACGCCGAUUUACAGCCUGGCGAGAAGUAUCCUGCUCCAGCAGGAAGGAACGGGAAACGAUCGCACGAGGAUUCAUCUGGUUUGGGGCGUGAACGGCGCGAGGGAUGUCGUGCUGCGAUCCGAACUCGAGGAUCUGCAGAGGCGGUCCAGCGGGAGGUUGCGGGUGACGAUCUGCGUCAGUGGGGAUCGGGAGGAGGAUCGGGCCUCUUUGCUGUCAUCAUCAUCAUCUUUAUCUUCAGACGCGAUGAGGUUCCGGAGGGGAUACGUCGACGAGGACAUCUUGGGUGAGAUUGUCGGAAUCGCGAAGGAGAGCGGUCGAUGGGGCGAUGACAAGGGCACGAAGGUCUGGCUCUGUGGGCCGGAGGCUAUGGAGAAGAGUCUUGUGGGGAGAGGAGGGAUCCUGGCGGAGUUGGGGGUGGAUAAGAUCCACAAGUUUUGA